AUGGCGGAUGUUGAACCCGCAACCCACGACCGCAAACCUCGCAAAUCCGUAGCAUUCAGCGAAGGAACAACAAUCGUAGACGAGAACGGAGCAGUCACAAUGGCGGACGGACACGACGAUUCAAAGGACACGGCGCAGUCGCACUCACCAAGUGCUGAUGGUGGCGCGGACGAGCCUACAAAUGACGACGAUGUUGCAAAUAUGCUGAAGGGAAUGAAGAAGAAGAAGAGCAAGAAGCCCAAGGCCGAAGACGCGGAUGCUGAAGGUGGCGAGGCUGCUACCGAGGACGGCGGACUGGACCUCUCGUCGAUGAAGAAAAAGAAGAAGAGCAAGAAGCCCAAGGAAGGAGAUGACGAUUUUGCCGCCAAGAUCGCAGCGCUCACCGUCGAAGGCGAGGAGGAGGGCGAGGCUCCAGCAGCUGCCACGGAAAAGAAGGUCGUCGAUGAGGGCGAUAUGGAGAAGGGGACCGGAAUCUGGCAACACGACUCGGAAGUCAAAAUCCCAUACGAACAGUUGCUCUCCCGAUUCUUCACCCUCCUCGCCCAGAAGAACCCAGAUCACGCCUCAAGCGGCUCCAGAAGCUACAAGAUCCCACCUCCACAGUGCCUGCGCGAAGGCAACAAGAAGACCAUCUUCGCCAACAUCGCCGAGAUCUGCAAGCGUAUGAAGAGAACUGAUGAGCACGUUACAUCUUACCUGUUUGCUGAGUUGGGUACGAGCGGUUCCGUCGACGGUAGCAGACGUCUGGUCAUCAAGGGUCGUUUCCAACAGAAGCAGAUUGAGAACGUUCUGAGAAGAUAUAUCAUGGAAUAUGUUACCUGCAAAACCUGCAGAUCCCCAGAUACCGAGCUCAACAAGGGGGAGAACAGAUUGUACUUCAUUACCUGCAACUCCUGCGGUUCCCGACGCAGUGUUACCGCUAUCAAGACCGGUUUCUCUGCCCAGGUUGGCAAGAGACGCAGACAACAAGGCUAA